AUGGUAGCCAUGGUGGACAGGAUUGCCGAGCUGCGACAAGAACACACAACGCAGCACAAUGAUACACAGACUCUAUUUCCGCCACUCGAAACAAAGGAAGAUGUUCCACGUCUACAAUAUAUUGGAUUCUCAUAUGGUACUGUCUUGGGCAAUUACUUUGCGUCGCUAUUCCCAGAACGCGUUAGCCGCAUGGUUUUGGAUGGCGUCGUGGAUAGCUACGACUACGCAAGCGGUCCUGGUUGGUCGACCAACACUCAGGACACAGACAAGAUGAUGGAAAUCUUCUUCGCGGGCUGCUUUAAUGCUGGAUAG